AGCGAUGAUGCCCCAUUUACCCUUUCUCUUCAGAUGCAGGAAAUUUUCACUCUGUUCCCCAGCUGAUUGGUGCUUUUUCUAGGUGCUUCCCUGGGAGUUACCUCCCUAGAGAUCAGCAGGCAGGGCUGUCACGCUUGGAUAGCAGCCAGCUCCCAGUGAAUUCCUUCUAUGGCCUACUUGUCCUUAUGAAGUCUGAGUUUUAAUUUUGCACAGGUAGGAGGUCUCUUUUGCUAUGGAUAGGGCAGAUAACGGUGUUACGCAGGCUUCUGUUUUCUAGGAAGGCAAGAGGAACUCCAGGUAGGGGACCCUGUGAGACCAGGUGCCUUGGCUCCUCAGCCUUGCUUCUACACUCUUGCUUCCCCCCACUCUUCCCUAUUUUUGACGUCAAGCUCAGCCAGCCAGCAGAAGAGCCUCACAGCUUGGGCGGUGGAGAGAGAGCCCAGGGAGAGUAGCAGGGAGGGGAAGCCAUCUCAGCAACAGCUUGGAGAGGGAGCUGGCUAUCCCUUGCCCGCAAAACACGGACUAAGGCUGAAGAAGACCUGCGGGUUCGGGGAUCCGCGGGGUUACUGCAAAGAGGGGCGGGGAAAAGGCGGGGGCGCUGCAUGCAGCGCGCUGGUUCCAGCGGUGCCCGCGGGGAAUGUGACAUCAGCGGCGCCGGGCGCUUGCGGCUGGAGCAGGCAGCUCGCCUCGGUGGCCGCACGGUGCACACCUCGCCCAGGGGAGGACUCGGAGCCCGGCAGGCGGCCGGGAUGUCGGCGAAGGAGAGGCCAAAGGGCAAAGUGAUCAAGGACAGCGUCACCCUCCUGCCCUGUUUUUAUUUCGUUGAGUUGCCUAUAUUGGCAUCAUCAGUGGUUAGCCUCUACUUCCUGGAACUCACGGAUGUCUUCAAACCUGUGCACUCUGGAUUCAGUUGCUAUGACAGGAGUCUUAGCAUGCCGUACAUCGAGCCAACCCAGGAGGCCAUACCAUUCCUUAUGUUGCUUAGCUUGGCUUUUGCUGGACCUGCAAUUACGAUCAUGGUGGGUGAAGGGAUUCUAUACUGCUGCCUCUCCAAAAGAAGAAACGGAGCUGGAUUGGAGCCUAACAUCAACGCCGGAGGCUGCAACUUUAACUCCUUUCUCAGGAGAGCCGUCAGAUUCGUUGGUGUCCAUGUGUUUGGACUGUGCUCCACAGCUCUCAUUACAGAUAUCAUACAGCUCUCCACAGGAUAUCAGGCACCAUACUUUCUGACUGUGUGCAAGCCAAACUAUACCUCUCUGAAUGUAUCCUGCAAAGAAAACUCCUACAUCGUGGAAGACAUUUGUUCAGGAUCUGACCUUACAGUCAUCAACAGUGGCAGAAAGUCAUUCCCGUCCCAACAUGCGACCCUCGCUGCCUUUGCCGCUGUGUAUGUUUCCAUGUACUUCAAUUCCACAUUAACCGAUUCCUCUAAGCUCCUGAAACCUCUCUUGGUCUUCACAUUUAUCAUCUGUGGGAUCAUCUGCGGACUAACACGGAUAACUCAAUAUAAGAACCAUCCAGUCGAUGUCUAUUGUGGCUUUUUAAUAGGAGGAGGAAUCGCACUAUAUUUGGGCCUGUAUGCUGUAGGGAAUUUUCUGCCUAGUGAAGACAGUAUGCUUCAGCACAGAGAUGCCCUCAGGUCACUGACAGACCUCAAUCAAGACCCCAGCAGGGUUUUAUCAGCUAAAAAUGGGAGCAGUGGUGAUGGUAUUGCUCACACAGAGGGUAUCCUUAACCGAAACCACAGGGAUGCAAGCUCCUUAACAAAUCUCAAGAGGGCCAACGCUGACGUAGAAAUCAUCACUCCUAGGAGCCCCAUGGGGAAGGAGAGCAUGGUGACCUUCAGCAACACGCUGCCCAGAGCCAACACCCCCUCCGUGGAAGACCCAGUGAGAAGAAACGCGAGCAUCCAUGCCUCUAUGGAUUCUGCCCGGUCCAAACAGCUCCUUACCCAGUGGAAGAGCAAGAAUGAGAGUCGUAAGAUGUCCCUGCAGGUUAUGGACACUGAACCAGAAGGCCAGUCACCACCCAGAUCCAUAGAAAUGAGGUCCAGCUCAGAGCCCUCGAGAGUGGGGGUGAAUGGAGAUCACCAUGUCCCGGGCAAUCAGUACCUCAAGAUCCAGCCUGGUACAGUCCCCGGGUGCAACAAUAGUAUGCCAGGAGGGCCACGCGUGUCCAUCCAGUCCCGCCCUGGCUCUUCCCAAUUGGUGCACAUCCCCGAGGAGACCCAGGAAAACAUAAGCACCUCGCCCAAGAGCAGUUCUGCACGAGCCAAGUGGCUGAAAGCAGCUGAGAAGACCGUGGCCUGUAACCGGAGCAACAACCAGCCACGCAUCAUGCAGGUCAUCGCCAUGUCCAAGCAGCAGGGCGUGUUGCAGAGCAGCCCCAAGAAUGCCGAAGGUAGCACGGUCACCUGCACAGGCUCCAUCCGCUACAAAACCCUGACUGACCACGAGCCCAGCGGCAUCGUGCGAGUGGAGGCUCAUCCCGAGAACAACAGGCCCAUCAUUCAGAUCCCGUCGUCCACCGAGGGCGAAGGCAGUGGCUCCUGGAAGUGGAAAGCUCCGGAGAAAAGUAGUCUGCGCCAAACCUAUGAGCUCAAUGACCUCAACAGGGACUCAGAAAGCUGUGAGUCCCUCAAAGACAGCUUUGGUUCUGGAGAUCGCAAAAGAAGCAACAUCGACAGCAACGAGCACCACCACCACGGCAUCACCACCAUCCGAGUGACCCCGGUGGAGGGCAGCGAGAUAGGCUCAGAGACACUGUCCGUGUCCUCCUCACGCGACUCCACCCUGCGCAGGAAGGGCAACAUCAUCUUGAUCCCGGAAAGAAGCAACAGCCCUGAAAACACAAGAAACAUCUUCUACAAAGGAACCUCCCCCACACGGGCUUAUAAGGAUUGAGAGAUGGCCCUCUUGUCAUCAUUUUGAUGACACCCCCACCCCCCACCCUCACCCCAAGACCACUCGUUUAUUGUACCUUGUGCUCUUUUGGGUUUUUGUUUUGUUUUGUUUGGGGGCCUUUUUUUUCCUAGAAGAUAUGGAGAGCCUUCUUGUCCAACUAGAUUGUUUACCAUCAGCCUGGAACUCUCACUGAACCACCACAGAAAUCGUGACGAUUUUACACCAAGGUAAAGGAAAAGCACAAAGCAAGACCCGAACUAAACUCAUCAUCAGAACAGUCCUUAAGACACAGGCUUUGCAGAAGGUAGUAUUAAGAUAAAGUGAUUUCCUCCGAUGUAUAGUAUUUAACUUUCUGAAUGUGCCAACUUAAUGGAGGUUUUUUUUUUCAUUAUAAUUAGCUGUGGGAACCCAAAACACAUAGGUUUUCCCAACAGCAGAGGCCAUGCGGUAUUAUAUAUUAUUCAUUUUUGCAGACUCUGCACCAGAAGAGCAGACUGGGCGGUGCUGAUUAUCACAGUGCAUCUACCAUUUAAACUCUCAAACUCUAUGUAGCUGUGAAAUAGUGGUGUGCAACCCCUCGUCAGAGAAAUGCUACUUCAUUCAGAAGACGCCAGUGACUUUGUGUUAGAAUAGACCAUUCUUGGCUUCCCUGUAGUGGCUCUCUCAUGGUAGAAAAGAAAAGAAAAGAAAAGAAAAGAAAAGAAAAGAAAAGAAAAGAAAAGAAAAGAAAAGAAAAGAAAAGAAAAGAAAAGAAAAGNAAAGAAA